AACAUAUUGUGUUUUAAAUUGUUCUAAAGGGUUUUGAAGAAAAUAAAAAUAUAUGCUUUAAAAAUAGUUAUAUAUCCUUGAUUACUAAGAUAAUAAAUUGAUCAUUACAAUGUUUGCCAUAUCGAGAUACUAUCGGUAUCGUGAGUAAUGUAUCGUAUCAUGAGUUACCCAGAGAUUCCCAGCCCGAAUCGUGAUCAAAUCUUUUUUUUUAAUUCUAUAAUACUGAGCUUUUUUUCUAUGAACUUUCAAAAAGAGAAAAAAAACGUAAAAAUGUUCAUGCAUGUCUGAGAAAAAUCUAUUAAUAUGUAAACUUUUACUGAUACUGAUUUAGUAUUGCUGGUCAUUUAUAGAAAGCAAUGAUAAAUGACCGACCAGCGUAAUUUUUUUUUUUUUUUACAUGUUCUGAGGUUACAUCUGUAAAAUCGUCUAUCAGAGACAUUCCACGUUAAAACAACUCAACGUUUUGUUACUGUCACUACAUUACAGGAAGCUGCCUUACAUUUGCCAUUUGAAGACACUUUUGACCCUAACGGCUUGCCAUACAUGAGAAAUACAAGUUAAUGAAAGUGAAAGCAAACUCGGAAAGUGCUUAGGGUUCCUUGUAGAACGCGUUCGACGGUCUUCACAACCCGGAGAACCAGAACCAAAAGGAGCCGAGCGGGAUGGAGCUAAUCACAGACAUCCAACUCACUGUCCCGCUCACUUUCCUGAAUGAUCACAAUCUGCCCAGGAAUAUUCGUGUCUUGAGGAAAGAAAAGUCCUUUUAUGUAUUGACAGGACCCUUUUAUGACCUGGAGAAAUUUCUCGAUAAAAAACAUCCAGAAUGUCAGCCUGUAGUUGUUUCUUCAACUGUACUGGAUUACAUGAAAGAGAAAUACAAAGAAAAGCUCUACAGAAUCGUGGGCCAGGAUGUUCUCUUUAAACAUAACUCUAAUGACACCACCCAGGUGACCUUCAAACCUCCAGCCUCACCUGUAAGCAGCUUACAGCCGAUCUGUAUGAGACAUAGAUUCAUCACCUUUUACCAGAGAACAGCUUCUGAUCUGAAAGUGAUAACGCUAGAUCUGAGCCCAAGGAAUGUAUCUGAGCUGGAGCAGCACUAUCCUCUCCUGUUGUUUAAGGGGACCAAGCCGGUGACUGUGAUUGGACAUUACAUUCAUGUUGCCAAACUGGAAGAGUCUCUGCGCCAAAGUCCAAGCAGCAGGAGGGACAGAUCGUCUAAUUCUUUGCCCAGACAAGGUGAAGAGAUUUGUCCCAUCUGCAUGGAGCCGAUGGCACCCAAAGACACAAAAAAGCUGCAGUGCAAGCAUUCGUUCUGCAAAGACUGUGUCGAACAAGCCUUCAGCUAUAAGCCAGUUUGUCCGGUCUGUGGGGAGCUCUACGGUGUCCUAAAGGGGACACAACCUGAAGGAGGCCAAAUGAAUUGCACUAUAGAUCCAACAUCUUUACCAGGAUAUGAGAGAUAUAAAACUAUAGUCAUCAAUUACUACAUCCCAGAUGGCAUCCAGAAGAAGGAACAUCCAAGCCCAGGACAGCCGUAUAAAGGUGUGUCCCGGACAGCGUACCUGCCAGACUCCCCUGAGGGCCGGGCCAUCCUGGAGCUGUUGAAGCAGGCCUUCAACCAGAGGCUCAUCUUCACCAUUGGGCGCUCCUCCACCAGCGGCAAGAGCAACGUGGUCACAUGGAACGACAUCCAUCAUAAGACGUCCAUGCAUGGAGGACCUUCUCACUACGGAUACCCCGAUCCUGCAUAUCUGAGCCGAGUGCGAGAAGAGCUUCAAGUCAAAGGAAUCAAAUGAGAACGUCUGAGGACGCCGAUACCAGAGCAGGAAUGAAGAUCCUGCAGAGGGAAUACCUGUGCUGAAGGAGCGCUGAAUGAUGCCUGUGCUGCUGCUCAGUCAACAAGUGUAAUCAUUUAACUGACGUAGGAAUAGACAAAUAUUUGGUAGGAGCUCUCGCAGUGUAAGCAGAAUUUAACAUUCUGGUAUUGAUUUAAUGUCGGCGACUGCUUCUCUCAUAAACACUACAUUAGUUUUGCUAACUGUAAAACCUUUUAGUUCUCUUCAUAUCAUGCUGUACUGAUUGGUUUCUUCAAUUUCAAUAAAAGAGUCUGAAAUGACUGACGGACA